AUGUUUCUUCCACAGUUGAAUUGCCCUCCCUCGACGCUAGCCAAGACCCAGCUUUCGGAUAUGGAUGACUGUGAAAACUCGCCGCCGCCGCCGGCCACCCGGUCCUCUGCUGCUGCGGAUGCUCCCGCUGUCAACCUCAUGACCCAGUCACCUGGGCCAUGUGUUAUCGAUGUUCCUCUCAUGGGGAGUAAAGACAUCGCUGGUGCUCCCACCGAUGAUGGCGACUUGAUUUGCGAUGACGACUCUAUUUCCCUCCUUUGCCGGGCCUUCUGCUUGUAG